AUGGAGUUACCAGUCACGUACUGUUUAUGCGGCCGUUCUUACGAUUUCGAACAAUUUAUGAUACAAUGUGACGUCUGCAAGGAGUGGUAUCAUGGAGGUUGUGUAUCUGUAAAGGAGUAUAUGUCAAUAGAUCUGGACAAAUACCACUGUCCGCGUUGCGAAGCAAUGUGCGGACCAUCGCCUAUGAAAGUAAAAUUGAACUGGCAUAGACAUGAUUAUUCUGAGGCUGAUGCAGAUACGAAACCAGUUCAAACUGGCACUCCUGUAUUUAUAAGAGAGUUAAAAUCCAGACAUUUUCCAAAGGCCGAUGAAGUUGUUAAACACGUCAGAGGACAACAAUUGACUCUUCAGUAUUUGCAAACCAACGGAUUUGAAACACCCAUUAUAAUCGAUGGAAAAGAUGGACUCGAUAUGACUGUUCCACCUCCAAAUUUCAGUGUUUACGAUGUAGAAAGUUACAUAGGUGGAGAUCGAGAUAUGGAUGUAAUCGACGUUACUAGACAAAGUAACAUAAGAAUGAAAUUAAGAGACUUUGUCGAAUAUUACAAUUCCCCUUGCAGGACAAGGGUUCUUAAUGUGAUUAGUCUUGAAUUUACAAACACUGGUCUUUCACCAAUGGUCGAAGCACCAUACAUCGCGCGUAAACUCGACUGGGUUAAUUCCGUUUGGCCACGCGAUUGGCCCGAGGAUAGUGACAUAAAACGUCCUGAAGUGCAAAAGUAUUGCCUAAUGGGGGUCAAAGACAGUUUCACAGAUUUCCACGUUGAUUUUGGUGGUACUUCCGUAUGGUAUCACGUGCUGCGCGGCGAGAAAGUGUUUUAUUUAAUCAGGCCUACACCUGCGAAUUUGCAACUUUAUCAACAUUGGAUGUGCAGCUCAACGCAAAGUGAAACCUUUUUCGGAGAUCAAGCCGACACCUGUUACAAAUGCGUUAUAAAGCAAGGCCAGACCAUGAUGAUUCCGACGGGUUGGAUACACGCUGUAUUAACUCCAGUCGAUUCGCUGGUUUUUGGUGGAAACUUUGUACAUAGUCUUAACAUUCCGAUGCAAAUACAAAUAUACGAAUUAGAAAAAAAAAUGAAAACCCCUGCGAAAUUUCAAUAUCCCGGCUUUGAGACAAUCAAUUGGUUUGCAGCAAAAAAGUUACUGAAAGAACUGAAAGAAUUAAAUAACGAAGGAAAGAAAUGUCCAGCGUAUCUUUUACAGGGUGUUAAAGCGUUACUUAGUAUUCUCAAACAGUGGAACACAGAUAAAGAUUAUAAUAUGAUCAGCAGGGGUCAAAUACCGGAAACCAUAAGUAGUCAGAAAUUAUUGAAAGAUUUUAGCAAGGAAAUUCGACACGCGGAACGAUACUUAAUAUCUUUGAACCCCCCGAAGCCAGAACGAGAGAGUAAACGGAAGAAAAAGAAACCGUUGAAUAAAGACUUCGUAGACUAUGACGUUGCAGAUAGAAUGGCCGAUAAUCCGUUCAAAGCAACGUUAAAGGAGACGACGAACAAAGUGGAUUCAACGAUGGCCGAUUCACCGUCCUCAGGAAGACCGCCGCUCAAACUGACUUUACCAAAGCCCAUCAUGUAUCCCUAUAUCAAGAUUCAAAGUCCAACGUUGGAAGAGAAAAACGCUUCUCCGGUUAAUAAUAAGCGAUCAUCGAAACCAGGAAAGCAAAGUCCAACCGUGAUCAGAUUUAAACUCGGCAAUAACGAAGUUGUAAGGAGUACGCACGACAACAUAAACGUAUACAACAGUUUAACCGCAGAACAUCCCCUUGGAUCGUCUAAAGAAUUAACAUGGAAACAGACAUCUAUAUACGACUUCCACGAUGGUAGUAACGAGAGUGAUUACGGUCGGUUCACAAUCGACGAAUCACCGAAACGAAAAAGGGCACCCAGAACUAAUGCACAGAAACGAUUAAAACGUGAUUACGAUGGCGACGUUGAUGUCUUGAACGAUGUACCAAAGAAUGGCAUCGAAGAGUUGUUAAAAGCCUCGGCUUAUACUUUGGGAAAUGGGGCACAAAGAUUAGAUGUGACGUCUGCGAUAAAUCCACAAUACAACCAGUCUAUGCCACCACCCACCGGUAUUUAUAAAUUGAAAACAACCAGUUCUGGCAGGGCAUCUCCAUCAACGCGGGAAGCGAUCGCUGGGAUGUUGUCAUUCAGCGAACAGUGUUAUUCAACCACAUCGAACAGUACAUCAAAGUCUACGAAAAACACUAAAACGAAACCUGACGAGGACGACGAUCAAUCGAUAGAAAAUAUCGAUAAGGUUCAUCAAGACGAUGAUUUCAUUUACCCGGCUCUAGACGCCUCUGACGACGAAGAUUAUAUCUUUAAGCCUAAAGCGAAAAGUCAAAUAGACGAAGCAUGGAAUCCAAAAGCCAGAGUGGGUCCUCUCUUGCCAAAGACGAAUCGUCCAGCUCGAGAAGGUGUGAAGAGAACGUCCGUGGAAAAAGGGCUCGAGGCAGCAGCAGCAAAACGCGCGAAACAAUCGGACGAUUAUCUGGAUAACAACAUGGAUAAAGGCUCGAAGAAGAAAUUGAAUGCAACUAAACGGACGUAUAAUAAAAGGAAACAGAAGAGCUCACCCGUAACUUCGACAACAAGUGGAACGUCGACUACGUCUACGGAAAAUAGCGGAAAAACGACGAGCAUCGGCUUUGGUUCGAUAUUAACUAGCCCAAAUCGGCUUAAAGAUGUUAAAGCGAAACUGGCAGCCCCGGUUCCAGUUGAACGAAAACCUAAAAAAGGAAUGAAAACGGCGAAACAACGCUUGGGAAAAAUUUUAAAACUCCAUAAAAUGAUGCACUAG